AUGAGCUGCAAUAAGGAGGGGGCAGUUGAAGAAGUAAGUUUAAACCCUGAGGAUGGGGAAGCUCCUAACACCUGUCUGGAUGGCCCGUGCUCACUGCAGGAUCUCAACCUGGACCCUGAUAUGGGAUCUUUACAGAGAAGCUUAAGUGAGAAUGAGGUCAAGACUGAGGACAACUCUGAGUUUGACUCAGGGUCCAAGCUACAGGUGCUAGAAUCGGAGAUGGUGGCCCUCCAGGAUCACGGAGAGCAGCCUGUCUUGUCAGCCAGAGACAAAGGGGAUCUUAUGGACUGCUUGCCUCCUGUCGGUGACAAGGUUGAGGAUAAGGUGCAACAGCCAACCGACCAAAUGAACCAGGAUGCUGGAAGCCACUCAUCCCCAAAAAGCUGUGCCAACCAACAGUCUACUACUUGGGCAGAUACCAUGGCCGACUGCAGCAGAAAAAAUAGGCUGGGCAAGAGGUUGGGAGAUGUAAAGCGGGCUUCUGUGGCCCCAGUCCACCACAGGGGGCCCAAAGGAGGCAGGGCCGUCAGGACAAAAAAGAAAAAGAAAAUCACCAAGAGUAAGAAAACAAUCCCCACGGAUAUCCAAGACCCAGCGUCUGACCCCGGCUCGUCAUCAGAUGAAAAUAAUGAGAUGCAAGUGAUGAGGGUGACCAUUUGCUUCAAGAAUGGAGGCCAUAUCAUAACUGGCAAUUCUAUGGCUCCUGAAGACAAAACCAGAAAAAGAAAUGUCCAACUCAGGGGCAAUUUUCAUCAUAUGACUGGCUCUCUGCGUAUGUCUGCUCCCAAGGGCAUGGGAAAGCUAGGGGCCUCUUGUUCUAACAGAAAAGCAUCUGUGUUUAGAGGCAAGGAACAGAGUAGGCCUCGUUACCCAGGAGCUGCAGCGGGUGCACUGAGGAAGGCCAGUCCUAAAAAGAAAUCAGCCCAGGAGAAGAAACCCCUUCAGGAUACCCCGAGGGUCACUGGGCGAAGACCUGUCCCACUGUGGGGGCAGAGACCCAAGGCAGCUCCUGUGGAAGUACCCACCUUUCCUCCAAUAAACAGCGUCCCUACCCUUGAGAGUUCUAAGAAGCACACCACAACACCUCUAGAAGCCACUGAAUCUACACAUGGAACAUCCAGAAAGAGAGCAGUGGCAAAGAGUACAAGGGAAACCCUGCCAGGGGCCAGAGGAGACAGGGGCCUUGUGUGCAAAGACACCAUGAAGAAUUCCACAGUGAUGACCCCAACAUCAGAGUCCUCCAAGGUUAAGGAAAUUGGCCAUGCCCAAGUGACCAAGACCCAUCUGUGCUCCCCCCAGUUCCUGUUGGGGAGAAGCAGCAUCAAGCACCAGGGAUACUGGGAUGUCAGCAGUCCUUUCCACAGGAACCUGGGCCUGGCCUGA